CAUCAGGGGCAAAGGGUAGGGUGUGUGCAAAAAAGCCAGGGAAAAGUAGCCUGGGUUCCAGGCGGACCCCCACACCGCCCAGCUAGGGGGGGCCUACUGUGGGUCCGGUGGAACACAGCUAGGCUUUUCUCCUUAUGGCGGGGGGGGGGGGGCGCGGGAGGUAUGUUCCGGUUCCCAGACGGGUAGGGACAAGAGGCUGGACAUCUGGGUUCCCAGAUGGCCAGGGGCUGGCUUCUGGACCCCUCAGGAACACCGGGGACUCACGGCCUGGUCGUCCAAGGUGCUAGGGGCCAGAAAGUGGUACCCCAUGAACCACCCAGGUCAGAAAGGAGAGGUAGGAGGUGGGGGCCAGGCCCUUAACAAGGCUGGCGGUAACGGACGGGGAAAAUGCCGUUGCCGCCAGUGAGCAAAAUGGCGCCAGGCCCCUCGGGAGGGGCGGAGGGUGACGCCGGUCAUCUGGGGCAGGGGGACGUGGUCUCUGCACAUAGCAACUGUAGUGGGGACACCCGGGGCUGUGAAAGCAGGCUGGGGGAGGAUGGGACCCCACCUGCACCCCCAGAUGCCUCACAGACUCCCAGGCUGGGAGCAAGCUAAGGGCGUGGACUGUGGGGCCCAGAAAGGCUCUAAGACCCCCCAAACCUGAGGAAGUUCCUCACUAGGGGCUGCCAGCCCUGGAGCAGGAAACCAGGGGGGCAUUUCAGCACCCGAGUCCUUCCCAGCUCUUGCCAUCCCAGGGUCUGGACUUCGGGCCCCCUUGGACGCCUGGGCAUCUGGCCCUGCCCUGUCCUGCCUCUCUCUCUGCCCGCUUCCUCAGCACCUGCCACCCCCCACAUCCGUUCCCCUUUCUAACCUGGGGACCUUAGGGGAGGCGGACAAUGUGGGAGCUCUGCUCUCCAGACCCUGAAGCCUAGGAUGGCAGGCGGGAGUAGGGAGGGCUGAGAUUAUAAGAAAGUCCUCAGAAAUCCAAGUACAGGGUUCUCCCACCAUGAAUUCUAAGGGGGACUCGUGCACCAGCUUUCUUAACCCCGCUUUUCAGCUCCAGAGUGACCUAGGCUUCUAGUCCCCGGGUGUCCCCCCUCUGGUUCCUCAGCAUACUUCUCUGGGCUUGGCACCUGGGUGGGAAAGGGUUAAGGCAGGGUGGAGGCUGGGGGUGGGUGGCAGUGGAGGCCGCUGGGUUGUUUGGCGAUAAUCCCCCUCCGUGCCCUGGGUGUGGAGAACAAGGUUAGGGCCCCACGUGGGAAAGGGCCUCUGCUCUGAUCCUCGUGGGCUGGGGGCCUGGCCUCCCGCUUCUGAUCCCCUGCCGAGCUCCUCCCCCAGCCCCCUCCCCUCCCUUCUUCUCUCCCCCCCCCCCCCCCAUGGGCCAGGCAAGCCAGGCUGUCUGCUCUCUGCUCUCCUCCUGCUCCCUGGGUGUCUCCGAGCCUCAAGGUACUUGCUCUGCUAGGACCAUGCCCGUGACCUUUGCCCUCUUGCUCCUCCUGAGCCAGGCCACCGCAGACCCGUGUUACCAUCCAGGUGGCCGUCCCCGCUUCUGCCUCCCACCGGUGACCCAGCUGGCCGGCCUGGCGGCCUCCUGUCCCCAGGCCUGUGCCCUCUCCCUGGGGGCGGACCUCAGCCCCCGGGCCACCUGCAACGGGAGUCUGACCCUGGCCCUGGGUGGUCCCUUCCUCCUGACGUCCGUCAGCCUACGCUUCUGCACGCCAGGAUCCCCGGCCCUGGUCCUGUCUGCUGCCUGGGCCACCGGAGGCCCCUGGAGAUCACUGUGGCGCAGACCCGCCUGGCCUGGGGCCUUGGGGGGGCCCGAGAAGGUGACCUUCCGAGCCCCGCCGGGCCCUAAGUCCAGCGUGGUGGUCAGUCACCUCCGCGUGGAGUUCAGGGGCCGGGCGGGGCUGGCGGCAGGUGGCGUUCGAGGCCGCUGCCAGUGCCACGGCCACGCUGCCCGCUGCGCUGCCCGCACCCGGCCGCCCCGCUGCCGCUGCCGCCACCACACCACCGGCCCAGGCUGCGAGAGCUGCCGCCCGUCCCAUCGAGACUGGCCCUGGCGGCCCGCCACGCCCCAGCACCCCCACCCCUGCCUGCCCUGUUCCUGCAACCAGCACGCCCGACGCUGCAGGUUCAACUCGGAGCUGUUCAGGCUGUCUGGCGGCCGGAGCGGGGGCGUCUGUGAGCGGUGCCGCCACCACACGGCUGGGCGCCACUGUCACUACUGCCGCCCGGGGUUCUGGAGGGACCCCGGCCAGCCUAUCACCAGCCGCAAGGCCUGCAGGGCCUGCCAGUGUCACCCUAUUGGGGCGACGGGUGGCAUCUGCAACCAGACCAGCGGGCAGUGCUCCUGCAAGUUAGGGGUCACCGGCCUGACGUGCAACCGCUGUGGUCCUGGCUACCAGCAGAGCCGCUCUCCCAGGAUGCCCUGCCAGCGAAUUCCAGAGGCGACGACCCCCCUUGCUCCUACCCCUAGCGCUUAUAGCUCCGACCCUCACUGUCAAAACUACUGCAAUGUCUCGGACACCAGGGUAUACAUGAGCCUUUGGAGGUAUUGCCAGCAGGACUACGUUCUCCGCGCCCAGGUCCUGGCGUCAGAGGCGGCGGGCCCGGUGUGGCAGCGGCUGGCCGUGCGCGUGCUGGCCGUGUACAAGCAGCGGGCGCGGCCCGUGCGUCGCGGUGGCCAGGACGCCUGGGUCCCCCGCGCCGACCUGGCCUGCGGCUGCUUGCGCCUGCGGCCCGACACCGACUACCUGCUGCUGGGCAGCGCGGCCGGCGGCCCCGACCCCGCGCGCCUGGUCCUCGACCGCCACGGCGUCGCGCUGCCCUGGAGGCCACGCUGGGCCCGGCCUCUGCGGCGGCUGCAGCUGCAGGAGCGCGCCGGGGGCUGCCGCGGCCUGCGACCCCCCCACCUCGAGCCCGGGGCCCGAGCCCUAGAGCCCCACCUGCUCGGCCUCCGCAGACGACGACGACGACGACGACGGAACUUGGGAGCGACCGCGAGCUGAACCUUCUACUUCGACGGCGCGUCCCUCAGCGAGCCAAUCAGGCGCCGUGGAGCCGCUGACGUCACUGGCACGCGCCAGGCUGGAGGGACCCCUCAGCGCAGGCGGCAGGCCGGGAGCCCGGCUUUUGGCCUCUUGCGAGGACAUUUGGCCUGUGAUCUGGGCAGCCAGUCCCCUAAAUAAAGUCUCAACUCUUGGGGA